AUGCACGAAGUUGAACUUGGAGUAUGGAAGGCACUGUUCACUCAUUUGAUUCGUAUUCUCUAUGCAGUUGCUCCAUCAGGACAAAUGGUUGUCGAAUUGAAUCAUCGAUUUCGUCAAAUCCCUCCAUUUGGAUGUACCACCAUCCGUAGAUUCUCAGAGAAUGUCUCGGAAAUGAAGAAGAUGGCAGCACGCAACUAUGAGGACCUUCUGCAGUGCUCAAUCACAGCUUUCGAGGGCUUGCUACCCUCUGAGUUCGACAAUGUCAUCAUGUCGCUUCUGUACCGCUUUGCAGAGUGGCAUGCACUCGCAAAGCUGCGCAUGCAUACAGACUCUACAUUAGACAGAUUGCGACAGAUCACUGAACAGCUCGGGAAAUGCUUGCGACACUUCCAUGAUCAUGUCUGCCCAGCAUUCAAGACUGUCGAGCUUCCAAAGGAAGCACGAGCGCGAACUCGACAAGACCAGCAGCGAGCAUCUAUGACACAGAAUAACCAAAAACCAUCUGGUGAAACCCAUCGAUUGAAGGCUUUCAAUCUCUGCACAUACAAGCAUCAUGCUUUUGGUGAUUAUGCCCAUCUCAUACCACGUCUCAGAACCACUGACUCGGCGAACUUGAACAUCAGCAAACCAAGUGACACUAUGCACUUACCAACAAAAAUGAUCCCGCGAGCCAACUCACGAGACUGGAGCGGUAAGCUGCGCUGCCGCCCUCAACACGUCAGCUUCGUGGAUUCCGAGCCGCUACCAUACACAGACAUCCAUAUGCACCAUCAUAUGUCCGAUUCAAUGAGCUAUCCCCGUCAUCUUUUUGCCUUUGUACAUGAGCUUGGAACCGAUCCAGCUGUUAAGAACUUCAUUCCCCAACUGAAGAAUCACCUUUUAUCUCGCCUUCUUGGCUUGGACUUCGACGGGAACAAACAUGAGUACAUGGCAGCACAGUGUGACUCCGUGAUCAUACUGGGAAACAAGAUUUACCAUCACAAAGUCUUACGGGUGAACUACACGAUAUACGACAUACGACGGAACCAGGAUUCCAUGAACUCACACGCUCAUUGUGACAUUAUGAUUCAUUCUUGUGAGUCGGGUCCGGGAGUCCAUCCGUACUGGUAUGCUCGUGUUAUUGGAAUAUUCCACGCCUCCGUUGUUCAUGCUGACGCCACGGCCACCAAUUGCUCACUUCAACGCAUCGAGUUUCUUUGGCGCGAACCGCUGGUGAGGUGGAUGACUGGGCAUCUUAUUAUUUUCAUUGACAGGGAUAUGUUCAUGCGGUAUCAAGGCUGCGGAAUUGGACAUGGCCCGCAUCAAUCAGCAUGUGACGGACACGCUGAGCAAUACAAUGAGAUGCCCAUUCCAACCACGAGUGGUGUAACACAGGUGGAAGAUGACGACAACAGCGUAUAUGAGAUUCCUGGCAGCGUGGCGAGCAGUAUUCCAGGUAUGAGCGAGUCCGAUGAUGAUAAGAGCAGAGACUCGGACUCGGACGAUGAUGGAACAUCUUCAGACUUGUCAGAUGAACUUGGGCCUGAGGACGGCGAGGACCCUCUGGACUCGGAGGACGAAGCAAUCUCGUUGUAUUAG